UCAACGGAGCCUUUCUAAUUCCCAACCAUUUUCAAAAUUCUCUCCCUCUUCCACCUUCCACCUUCCUCUCCAACUGCCUUCAGAUCCGCCUCUUCAUUCUGAUCUCCGGCCCCAGAAAUUUUGAGGUGAGCUUCACUUAAUUUUUCUGUGGAACUGGUUGGAAGGAGCUGUUAAUUUCGGUACCAUCAAGGCAUCAACAAUGAAGAAGGUCUUUGGUCAGACUGUUAGGGAUAUUAAAAGAGAAGUUAAUAAGGCUGUGCUUAAAGUUCCUCGACUAGAGCAGAAGGUUCUUGAUGCUACUAGCAAUGAGCCUUGGGGCCCUCAUGGAUUACUUCUUGCAGAGAUUGCACAAGCAAGCAAAAACUACCAUGAGUAUCAGAUGAUUAUGGCAGUAAUCUGGAAGCGUGUUAAUGACUCUGGAAAAAAUUGGCGGCAUGUAUACAAGGGUUUAACUGUCUUGGAGUAUCUGGUGGCUCAUGGAUCAGAGCGAGUAAUCGACGAUAUCAAGGAUCAUUCAUACCAAUUAUCAGUCUUGUUCAGCUUUCAAUAUAUUGAUUCUAGUGGAAGGGAUCAGGGAGCAAAUGUCCGAAAGAAGUCACAGAGUCUUGUGGUUCUUGUGAAUGACCCAGAAAGAAUCAGUGAGAUUAGGCAGAAGUCUAAUUCUAACUGGGACAAGUUUCGAAAUCCAUCAUUUUCUGGUGGAGCACAUAGACCAAUUUCAAAUUCUAAUGCUGGGGGGUAUGCAGACCGUUACGAUGAUGAUUUUAAUGAGGGAAGCUAUGGAAGCAGGGAUGAAGAUAGGAAUGGCAAUGGUUUUGGAAGGGAAAGAGAAUAUGACUAUAGGGAUGAUGACCGUGGUGGGAAUUCUAAUUCAAAUAGACGUGAUAGAGAUCACUAUUUCAGGGAUGGUGAAGAACGUCAAGGAAGAGAUAGUCCCAGGGAUGAUGAUAAUGGGGGACGAAGAAGUGUUGAUGAUCACCAGUAUGGUGCAAGAAGGGAUCAAGAUAAAGACCAUCAUGACAGUGUUCGUGAUGGUAGUGGAAGAGAUGAUAACAGGUCUCCAGAUGUGAGGCGGCGUGAUCAUAAAUUUUCAGAACAGAACACUGGUGCACCUCCAAGUUAUGAAGAGGCAGUGGGUGAGUCUCGAAGUCCACCAGCUCAUAGUGAAAGGGACCAAGAAUCCUCAACCUCAUCUCCUGUUACAUCAUCAGCACCUGUUACUAGAGCACCUAGCCAGUCCAGUCCGGUACAUGGUGCUCCAACACCUACAGACCAGUUAAUUGGGACCUUUGAUGAAUUUGACCCUCAAAGUUCGGUCACAGCUGCUCCAACUACUCCACCAAACAAUGCUGAGAUGGACUUACUUGGCUCACUGGCCGAUUUUCCUUCAAACCCACUGGCCAUUAUGCCAGCGGCAUCUGCAAACGUGACUGGGGCCUUUGAGACUGAUUACCACAUGAACUCUGGUGCAGGAAACUCGCAGACUAGUAAUCAGAGUUUUGAAGAUCCUUUUGGUGACACUCCUUUUAAAGCUAUGACUUCUGAUGAUGGUGCCCCUCAAUUCCAUUCACCUGCUACGACAGAUCCUCUCCAGUCUUCUCUUCACCCAAGCCUUGGACAAUCCAAUUCUUCUACUUUGACUAAUCCUUUCCAGUCUUCUCUGCACCAAGGCCUUGAACAAUCCCAAGGAGCUAUCCCGGAAACAAACCAAGUCUCUAAUUCAGAAUUUGGUAAUGCGUUUUCUGCUUCAACUAGUGCAUCUGGCUUAUCCAGCUUGCAAGCACCAUCAGACCCACAGUUCCUUCAAGGGCCAUCCACUAUUUCGGACCCUGAGAUUGAUAUACUGGCAGAUAUUCUACCUCUUUCUGGACCUCCAUCUAAUGCAACAUCCCUGCCAACUUAUUCAUCCACUGGCGACCAGCCAGCAUUGCCAACUACCUUCUCAGAUCCUGGUCAACCUCCUGAGAAAAAUUUUACAGCUUUAAGCAAUCAGCCUUCAGAACCAAAUGCUAGUUCCUUCCUUAAUUUGCAUGCCCAAUCAGGAGCUACAGCAUCUUUGAACUCAAAUACAGCUUUCCAGCCUCAAAGUGCAUCGACUGGACAGUUUGGAUAUGGAUCCCCACAGGGAGGAGCUACAGCACCUACUGGACAGUUUGGCUAUGGGCCCUCGCAGGGAGGAUCUGCAGCACCUACUGGACAGUUUGGCUCUGGGCCCCCACAGGAAGGAUCUGCAGCACUUACUGGACAGUUUAGCUAUGGAGGGGGUUCACAAGGAGGAUCUGCAGCACCUACUGGACAGUUAGGUUAUGGAGGGGGCUCACAGGGAGGAUCUACAGCUCCUUUCUAUCCACAGAUGGCCUCAACCAGCAGCAGUCCAAAUGCACAGGCAAAUGGGGGUGGAUAUUUAGUACAGAAUGCAGGAUUUGCUGCUCCUGUUACUUCACAAAUUGCUCAGCAAAAUCCAAGCGUGCCAGCUGCUCCACUUGGCAGUGGAAACAUGCAGCAUCAUGGUUUUACAUCCCCGCCGAUAGCUUCACAACCAAAAAAUGAUGAUUUUCUAGGCAGCAUUCUUCCGCAAGCUGGACCCCCUCAGGUUCCUUCACAACAAGGUUUUCCCACGUCAACAGGAUCGCUUUCAGUAGCAUCUCAACCUCCUAAGGGCAAGUUCGAGACAAAGUCAACAGUCUGGGCUGACACUCUUAACAGAGGGCUAGUUGAUUUGAACAUAUCUGGGCCUAAAACAAAUCCAUUAUCUGACAUUGGAGUGGAUUUUGAUGCCAUAAAUCGGAAGGAAAAGAGGAUGGAAAAGCCUACCACAACCGCUGUAACUUCUACUAUCACCAUGGGUAAAGCUAUGGGAUCGGGUUCUGGAAUCGGUCACGCUGGUGCAGCUGCCCUCAGAACUCCACCAAACUCCAUGAUGGGUUCAGGUAUGGGUAUGAACAAUGCGGGCAUGGGAGGGGGGCCCUAUGGAGGAACCAAUCAACCCAUGGGAAUGGGUAUGGGGAUGAACAAUGCUGGCAUGAACCCAAGCAUGGGAAUGGGUAUGGGGAUGAACAAUGCUGGCAUGAACCCGAGCGUUGGAAUGGGUAUGGGGAUGAACAAUGCUGGCAUGAGCCCGAGUGUGGGAAUGGGUAUGGGGAUGAACAAUGCUGGCAUGAACCCGAGCAUGGGAAUGGGUAUGGGAAUGAACAAUUCUGGCAUGAACCCGAGCGUGGGAAUGGGUAUGGGGACGAACAAUACCGGCAUGAACCCGAGCAUGGGGAUGGGAAUGAAUCCCGGAAUGGGAAUGGGAAUGAACCCUGGCAUGGGCAUGAAUAUGGGUAUGGGGCAAGGAAUGCAACUUCAAUCACCAGUAGGAUUUCAGCCUGGAUCCAAUGCUUCGGGUAAUUAUAAUCCGAUGAUGGGUGGUUACGCCCCCCAGCAAUCAUAUGGUGGUGGCUAUCAAUAAACCAAAUUCAAGAUUCAUAUACAUUUAGAGUGUAGUACCAGUUUUACUAGAGAAAUGAUGUUGUCAUUGGGAAUCCUUCAGGUUGCACAUCUGGUGAAGAGCAAAAGCUGCGUUUCAUUCUUUUCUGUGAAAGCUGCUAAGAUUUUUGCAUGCUUUUACAUUUCUAACGACGUACCAAGAGUUCUAACAGGUGAGCUACUAGUUGAUAGAUAAUGUUCAUAUUCUUUAUGACAAUUUGUAUACAACUUUAACAUUCAUAAAUGAGGAUGUACCUCAAUUUUAUUAUCGACGUCGUAGUAUACGUGCAAUACUCUACCUCUUUUGUUCA